AUGUACCACAAACCCAGAGAUCUUCACCCCGUGGCUGGCCCUGCAGCUGUGUCGAUUUCCGCCACCGGGCUGAUGGAGCUUUCGGAGGAGCAACGUGCGAGCCUGGCGCUCUUUCGGGAGGUGACGGCUGAAGCCAGAGAUGAGGCGGCUUCCAUUGAGGUGUUGAAGUCGUGUAAUUGGAAUGUGGAGCAAGCUUUAUCCCUCCACUGGGCUUCCCACGAUGAGGAUCAUGGCGCUCAAGCUCGGGCGCCGGCGGCUGCCGGCGCUAACCCCUUGAGUGCACCGCUGCUACCAGGUCAUGGGCGCAGCAGUGCUGCCACACACGGGAGCACGGCAGGCGAUUCGCCGGGCUCCAUGGCGUAUGGCCUCUUCAGCCGCAUUGCGCAGGGAAUCAAACAGAUUGGUUUUUCUGUGCUCAGUCUGGUUUACACCUUCUUUUUUGGAACAGGUGGUGGAGCCUUGGGAAGCUCGGGAGCUGCCUUCAGGCGGGCACUGCAGACUUCCUAUGGAACUCCAGCCCUUCCUGAGUUUCAUGAUGGAUCUUUCUCCCAAGCAGUCACCAGAGCGCGACAAGACCUGAAACUUUUGGUGGUUUACUUGCACAGUGAACACGCAAGGCACUCCCAGAGCGUGUGCAGCGAUGUGUUGGCCAACGAGGUCAUCCGCACGGUGCUGGAUGAGAAUUUCAUCCUCUGGGGCGGUGAUGUGGCCCGCAUGGAAGCACAUCAGGUUGCAAGAAUGAUUCAUGCUAGACAGUUCCCGAGUUUUUGUGUGUUGCUCCCCGCCAGCGUGGAAGAGAUCCGCGUCAUCGGCGCCCUUCACGGGCAGAUUGAAGCUGAAGGGGCGCAAGCCCUCCUAGCAGCUUGCAUGGAGGAAAUGGAGACUCACCGCGCAGAGAUCGUGGCCCAACAGGUGCAACGAGUUGAAGAUCGCUACUUGCGAGAGCAACAAGACCGGGAAUACCAGGAAGCUUUGGAAAUGGAUAGAAGACGCGCGGAGGAGCGAGAAGCCCAAAGACGGCAGGAGGAGGAAGAACGACGACAGGCCGAAGAGGAACAAAGAAAGGCCCAGGAGGAGAUGGAGAGGCAGCUGAAGCUUCAACAGGAACUGGAGGCGAAACGCCGAAGUCUGGCCGCCCAGCUGCAGAGUGCCAGCGGCACGGCGCGCCUGGCCUUGCGGCUGCCGUCAGGACAGCGGGUGGAGAGAAAGUUUGAGCCCACCGCAACGUUGCAAGAGGUCUAUGAUUGGGCCUCCUGCGUGGCCUUCCUGCCGGAAAAUUCAGACAAGGGGAUUGAGAUCCCUGAGCGCUUUGUUUUGAAGACCAGUUUCCCUGCACGAGAUCUGGACGAGAUGGAUCGCACCGUGGAUGAAUUGAAGUUGAGUGGAACCAAUAUCCUUCUUGCGGCCAUUGAGGAUGACUGA